CUAGAUCACGAAAGCAAUAAAAACUGACACCAUUUUUGGUUGCUAUGGAAGAUCAUGCUCACCACGUGGGCGGAAAUAAACAAGUGGAGCGAGUAUAAAGAACCGGGCAAAAUUCAUUAUUCAGACUCUCUACAGACUGAGAGACUCCCUCUUCUUUAGUCAGUAGUCGCCGUGUUGAUAAGAAAGGUUUCAAAAGAAUGACUGAUACCUGCAUUUACGAGGUUCUGGCCCGAGCCACAGCUGUGUGCUUCGACGUGGACAGUACACUGAUAAGACUAGAAGGAAUAGAUAGACUAGCAAAAGUGUGCGGCGUUGGAGAGGAAGUUGAGAAAAUCACCAAAACUGCUAUGUCAGGCAACAUGAAUUUCAAAGAAGCAUUAGGUAUGAGACUGAACAUAAUCAAACCGACUCUGAAUAAGGUCAAGCAAUUAGUUGAAGAAGACUUGUCAGACAUAGAUAAUGUGCUGACACCUCAUGUGAAGGAACUUGUCGACCUUUUACAUUCGAGAGGGAUCAGCGUGUAUGUAAUUUCAGGAGGUUUCAGAAGACUCAUUGAACCAAUUACUAACAACUUAAGGAUUGAGAAGAAGAACCUCUACUGCAAUGCACUCCUAUUCAAUGAAGCAGGUGAAUAUGAAGGGUUUGAUCUUGAUCAGCUAACUUGUCAAGAUGGAGGGAAAAGUUUAGUCAUGAGAGAUAUUAAAAAGAAACACGAAUAUGUUGUCAUGAUUGGUGAUGGAAUGACUGAUUUACAAGCUUCACCACCAGCAGAUGCAUUCAUUGGAUUUGGAGGAAACGUUGUACGCUCUCGAGUCAAAGAGCUAUCAAACUGGUACGUACAUGACAUGCAAGAGCUGAUAGAGGCAAUAGAACUACAGAGGAGGACACAGACCUACUCUGAUUCUGAUGAAGAGUCACACUCGCCAUCUUCAACAUCAUCAGCGAGUAACUUGGACGAUACACAGCAGAAGAGACUGCUGGCAGAAUGUGAUUGAGAGCAAAAAAAUAAAAUUAUUAUUAUUACAGACUUCAUGUAUAGGAAAAUAUUAGGAGAGAGAAUGACUCUCCAACUUCUUAAUAAGUAUUUAUUAUUAUUUAUUUAUUAUAGUUUAUAUUGAAUCAUGAUUCACAUUAGUA